AUGAAAAUCUUAUUAAAUAGAAUAAAUGACUCGAGGAAAUGAAUAAAAUUUUGCUGAACGCAAAAUAAUAGAGAACUUGCUAACAAACUACAAAAGGUAAAAAAGGCAUGAAUAAAUAAACUAAAAAGACUAUCUAACUAUGAAAAAAUCAGUGAAAGCAGAUUGAAAGAAUGUAUGCAAGAUCCAUAUGGAGCCUGAAACAAAAUAAAACGUCAGAUGAAUAAAAAUAGAAUCGCAUUAUCAUUAAACAAAGAAGAGAUUAAAGCUUGAGCAACAGAAUUUGAAAAUCAAUUUAAAAGUAAAAUAGAAUUCAUACCACAAAAGGGAUGCUCAAAAGAAGAACUAUGAGAUUUCCAAGAUAUCCAGAAAAUCAUUAAAAAAUUACCAAACAAAAAAGCUCCUGGACCAGACAAUAUAAGAAAUGAAAUAAUAAAGAAAGGUGGAGAUAUAAUGGCAGAAGCAAUUACACAUUUCCUUAAUAGUUGCAAAUUAAAUGGAAUCCCAGACAAAGCCAAUGAAGCAAAAACAAUCCUUAUAUACAAAGGAAAAGGUAAUCCGAAGGAACUUAAUAGCUAUAGACCCAUAACCUUAAUGAAUAAUUUUAUGAAGAUUCUUGACAAAGCAGAACUAAAAAGAAUUGAAAAUACGGUUAAUAUCUCAGAAAGACAACAUGGAUUCACAAAAGGAAAGUCAUGCAUGACUCAGAUUUUUCUCUUAAAAUCUACACUGGAAUAUCGUAAGUAUUACAGGAUUGGAAAAGGUAGAGACUCAUAUAUAUUAUUUGUUGAUUUCUCAAAAGCUUAUGACUCAGUUAAUAGAAUUAGACUAUUAGAGAAAAUUAAAGCAAAAAAUAUAAAAAAUGAUAGCUGAAAAAUAAUCUCACAAAUGCUAAAAGGUGAACAAACUACACUUGUCAUAAAUGGGAUUGAAACAGAAAAAAUAAACAUAACAAGAGGUGUGAGACAAGGAAGUGCAAUAUCACCAUUGUUAUUUAAUAUAUAUAUAGAUGAUAUAGAAAAGGAAAAUAAUGACAUCAAUAUAGAACUCCUCCCCAAUCACCAAUUAAAAUCAAAAAUCAAUUUUCAAUAUGCGGAUGAUACAGCUUUUGUAAUAGAAGAUUGAAAAGACAUUGAAAACAUUUUAAAUAAACUUGAUAAAUGAUCAAAAGAUAAUGAUAUGAACUUGAAUAUAGGACCGGAAAAAACAGCAAUAAUGCCAAUCAUAACAAAAAAUAGGAAAAAUAUUAUAAGUAAACUACCUAAAAUAUCAUACCAAAAUCAUGAAAUACCAGUUGUUGAAAAAUAUAAAUAUUUAGGCAAAAUAAUGAAUGGAAAUAUAAGAGGUACAGGAUUCGACCAAGCGCAUUAUAAAGACCUCAAAGAUAAAGCAAAAAUAUCUACUUGCUCUCUAAUCCCUAUGAUUAGAAGAAUGCUUAACAUCCCAAGUAAAACUCUUAUAAACUGCUUCAAAGCAAUAUUCUUACCAAGAUGCACAUAUGGUCUUGGAAAUAUGCUCAAGAAUUAA